AUGGCGGAAAAAUUAUUCACAAUGGGUGAAUCAAAUAAAGAAAGUGGUCUGAAAAGAGAAUUUGCCAAGGAGCAGAAACUCAGAACAAUUAUGGACUUAAAAUCUAACAGUCACCGAGAUGAGAUUGCAGCAGCUCGUGCUUCUCUGAAGGAGAAUUCACCUCUUCUGCAUUCAAUUUGCUCUGCUUGUUUGGAACACUCAGAUGUUGCAUCUCUCACUGCCAGUAAGGACUCCGUUUGUAACGAAAUACAAAAUGCUCUUGAUGUCAUUUCCAAUGCUUCCCAAGGAAUUGGACAUCAAAAAGUUCCACUGAUGCCACAGUCUGUCUCUCUUGGAAGUGCUCUUGAUGAACUUGAGAACUUGGUUGCCUUGGAUCCUCUUACUGUAAAUAAAGACCAGAUAAGGCCAUCACUUGAAAAACGUUUAGAGGGAAUUAUCAGUGGAGCUGCUUUAUUAGCAGAUUCUUCCUGUACCCGUGAUCUUCACCGUGAGCGCAUCAUCACUGAGUGUAACGCCAUUCGCCAAGCUCUUCAAGACCUUCUUUCGGAGUACAUGAAUAAUUUCUGUAUCAAGGAUCCUUGGCCUAAGAGCAGUCAUAGCCUGAUCUUGUCCCGGUGCCAGCAGAGCCUCUCGUGGAAAACCAGCAUUCUGAGCUUGGUCUCCAAUUUGCUGUUUCCAGGUAGAUUGGAAUUUCUCUAGCAAGAUAAGAGAGGUCCAGCUGAAGUGCUGAAGGUUCAUCUUUAGCCAGCCAUUGACAAUAUUUAGCCGUGCUUUUGUCUCAACCCUCAGCAGCCUUGCCUCCAGCCAUAAGGCUACGCUAGGGCUAUGUAUUUUGCUAGCUGGAGCAGCUUUUGUAAGAAAUUAAUUUGUACAUAUGGGAGCUGGGCCAAUGGUUCAGCCUCAGAAAGUGGCAGGAAACUGAGAUAAACUAGGGACCUCUCGCAUGCUAGCUGGGGAAUUCUGGGAGUUGAAGUUUUUCUUUUUUAAUUGAUUUGCAAUAAGUAAUCUUUGCAAAAGUGGGAUAGUCCCCUUAUGACCCUUCUCAGUCUUACUGGUGUCUGCAAUAGGAUUACCCCAUCAUCUGCGUAAAACAGUCUCGAUAUGGACCUGUUUGCCAGUUUCAGGGGAUAGCUCUCUUUAUUUAAACCACUAUGUUCUUGUAUAUUAAUGAGAUAUAUUUCUAUUUAAAGAACACAUUCACUAUUUACUCCCAUAUACUGCCCUUUGUAUUCAGAGAUGAUGGGAUUUAUUAUUAACACAGUUGGGUGAAUUUCAUAGACACUGAUUAUUUACUUUAAUAAUGUACAAAUGCUAUGUAUUUUUCAAAAUUUUACUUUAAUGUUUACUUAUGAGAAAUGACAGAUGGAGAAUUAGGUAUUCAGUACAGUUUUCUAGGCAAACAAUUUGGUUUGCUUCUUCACAUAGGGAAAUCCUCAUAGAAAACGGAGAUCUGGCAAGUUAGAAAUGAGGCCUUGUGGGUUUAUUGUAUCUGAUGUAGGUAUUGAAAGUCCUGUACUGUUGUUUAGUUUCAAGAUACUAGAAAACUCAUGUCUCAUAUUCCCAUGUUACUUAUUGUAACCUGGUCUAAUGCCAUUUACUUUGAUUUAAAGUAUUAAAUGAGCUUUGGCUGCUCUUCUGCA